AUGGAACGUCCCGUUAUACUGUACGAGGUCCUGUUCUACUGUAAGAGGGAAACACAAUGCGGAUUAUAUAUUUUUCUCUGGAUACCGUUGUCGGUCAUGGCAAUAAAAGAAUUAUCCAUGGAGGAACAUUGCGGCGAAGUUGUCUCCCUUAUUCUCGAGGACGCCUAUCAAGCAAAGGUCAAACUGGACGACACCGGGGGUGAGGUUGGGCAGUGUGACGUCACCAUGGAGAGCUGGUAUACGUGGCCUCGGUUCAUGGUCAGCGUAUCUAGCCUACAAUUAAAUUGCUCACAGGGAUAUAUUACCUUUUACGAUGGUAGUGCAUCAGACAGCAGUGUUCUGGGUCCUCAAGACAAAAUAUGUGGAGAAGUAGAGACAAGACAAUUGCUCACAACAACACAACAGUUCUUUGGUAUAAGAUACGUCAAACUGCAAACGGACGUCAUCUUGGAAGCAAUGGAAUUAGUUGUUACCUCGUUUUCUACAGACAGUGACCAUGACUGUGAUAAUCCAGCCUUUAGGUGUGACAACGGUAGAUGUAUAGACAACAGUCUCAAAUGUAACGGCUUCAACUCCUGCGGUGACAUGUCGGACUGUCGGACAACUGUAUCGCGGGCGGCCGUGGCAGGCAUUGUGAUCGGCAGUCUCGUUGGCUUGUUUGUUCUCGUCGCCAUUGCGUGCUAUUUCACAUGUCACUGUAGGCACAAACAUAGCGACGACAAGAAAAAGGAAGGAGAAAGCCAGCUCGUAUUCGUUCAAGGAAAGACCGGCCCUAACACUGCUGUCCACAGACCAGGAUUUGCUGGUCAUGCGGUCAGUGAGCUCUCCUGUCCAGGGGCGGCACCGUGCGGCUCUGUAGAGAAUUCAAAGUCUCUCACCGCAGCAAAGCAGCCGGCCUACCUGCCGCCCUGGGUUGAAGCCAGAAAAAAAUCAAUAACAGGAGCAAUUGGAACCAAAAAAGUUUCAAUAAAGGAAGAGAGAGUAACUACAGGGUUUGAUAAUCCGAGCUAUUGUGGUCAAGGUCAGAGCAAUAGUACCUUUGACGAGGAUGAAUGCGAUCAGAAUGACUUUAAUGAUAUUGAUGUCAAUGUGUCGAAACAAUGCCAGGGUACUAAUGAACAAACGGGACAAUGGACAAUGAUCGGUGUGCAACAAUUGUUGAUGACGGAUCACUAA